CUAAAACAAACAACGAACAUAACGGAUAAGUGUUAUCCUCAUCUUCAUCUUCUAACUCACCAAGAAAGAAAAAGCAAAUAGAGUUUGGUAUCACUAUGAACAUUGCCACUUAUUAUCAUCGCUCAAACUUCAUCUUAAAUCCUCACAUAGACAAGACUUUAUCGGGGUCUCGACAAGCAAGAUCAAAUAAUAUUACAUUCAUGACAAGAGCACAAGGAAGAAGAAGAAGAUUGUGUUUGGUAAGAGCAAGUGCUGACGCCGGAGAAGAAGAAUCCGGUGAUCAAAGCAAGCCUGCAGAGAGAAGAAGUUUUUUGAGCUUAGCAGAAGCUGGUCUUGUCGAAAUCUCGGGCCUUGGUGCGCACGAGAAGUUUCUUUGUCGACUAACGAUAUCGUCGUUGAACUUACUAAGAGUGAUAUCGGAGCAAGAAGGAUGUACAAUAGAAGAGUUGAAUGCAGGCAAAGUAUGUGAUUGGUUCCUCAAGGACAAACUCAAGAGAGAGCAUAACAUUGAGUCUGCUGUUCUUCAAUGGGAUGAUCCCGAUUUCCCAUUCUGAUUAUUCUUAUUUAUUAUAUUACAUUUAUAAAAAAGGGUAUGGUUUUUGAAGAAACAGAGAUUCCAAAGUUUUCUAUUCUGUCCCUUAUGACUUGAUUUACAAAAACAUAUAUACUCGAGAGAGCAGAUCCAUACGAAUCAUAUCUAUACAUACAAGGAAAGCUAUAUUAACUUUGCU